AUGGUCAGCGUGCGGGACAUGCCCUACACCGUCACCAACUCCUUCAAGCGGUACCCUCUCUCUGCAUCCUCUCCAUCCCAUAAAUAUACUCCCGCUGACAUUUCUGACUCCAGUGGCCUCAUGAUGCGUACCUACGCCGCCCGUCCCGCUCGUCCUGACCCAGAUGCCCGCCCCGUCGCGAAGAAACGACGCGUCGACCACCACCACCACCACCUCCCAUCCGACCCCCUCCGCCCAUCCAGCGACUGCGAGAACAACCUGCAGACCGCCAUCCGCCAGUGCUCGGCCGCCGUGCUCUCCAGCCCCUCGCAGCGGCCCUCGCGCGCCCCGUCGGACGAGCCCCUUGAUGACCACGAUGACCCUGAUGAUGAUGAUGACCCCGACCACGCCCCGUCCACGCCGCCGUCCUCACCGCCGCCACCAUCCACCACCACAACUACCACCACCACCCUACAACUGACCCCUCCACCAGCCGCUGCCGCCGCCCGCAAGCCUACCUUCGCGUUCCUCAAGCGCAAGCGCGCGCUGCUGCCGGCCCAGGACUUCCAACCGCCCGUGCUGCGACAGAUGCAGCUCGACCUAGGCGGCGACGUGCGGCGUACGUGCGGCGGCUGCGGCAUGGAAUACGUGCCAACGCACGCGGACGACGCGGCGCUGCACCGACGCUUCCACGACCGCCACACGGCCGGUAUCGACCUGGGCAAGGCGUUUGUGCGCGCCAACGCGUCGCGCUGGGUGUACGAGGCCGCGCGCGUCGACGACGGCUACGUCGUCAUCGUCGACCGCAAGAGCUCGCCCGCUGCCCGCCGCCAGGCCCGCCGCGUGCUCGACGUCGUCAACCGCGAGCUGGCCGCCCCCGACCUCGACGACGCCCGCCUCUGGGGCCAGGCCGAGACCCCCAAGCCCUUCCGCAAAAACGGCUCCCGGGAGGACGUCGACCGCUUCCGCGUCUUCCUGCACAUGAAGGACAGCCGCUGCGUCGGCCUGUGUCUGGCCGAGCGCAUCUGGGAGGCCUAUCCGGUCAACAAACCCACAUCUUCUUCUUCGUCUAUCACCCUGGGCCCCGACCCGCACCCGGCCAUCGUCGGCAUCUCGCGCGUGUGGACGUCGGCCGCGUCGCGCCGCAAGGGCAUCGCCCUGGACCUGCUCGACUGCGUCGUCGGCAGCUACUUCUACGGGCUCGACAUCCCCAAAGCCCAGGUGGCCUUUAGCCAGCCCACCGAGAGCGGCUGCCGCCUGAUGGCCGCCUUCUUCGGCCCCGACGAGCCGUGGCAUGUCUACAAGGAGUGCGUCGAGACGAAGACCGAGAGGGAGCAUUAA